AUGAGUAAUAAAGAUCCUCGCAAUUCUAGUUGUGAUCUAGAGAAGGCUGAUGUGAUAAAUAGAAAGUGUCAGAGAACUAGUUAUUAUAUUAAAAUGAUGGAACUAGAAAAUUUUAAAAGUUAUAAAGGGAAGCACAAAAUUGGACCAUUUUCUAAAAGGUUUACGUGUAUUGUAGGACCUAAUGGAUCAGGAAAAUCAAAUCUGAUGGAUGCAUUAUCAUUUGUUCUAGGUGUAUCAUCUGGUCAAAUUCGUGGUACAAAUAUAAAAGAUUUUAUAUUCCGCCAAGAAGGGCAAAAUGACGAUAACGCAUUAUCUACUAACGAUGAAUUAAAUUACGCUAGUUCAUCAGUGUCUUUGAUAUUUGGACAUUUUAAUGAUGAAGAUCAGAGUAUUCAAUUUUGUAGGAAGAUAUUGCCUUCAGGAGCUACAAGAUUUAUAAUAAAUGAGAAGAUCACUUCUCAAGAGUCAUAUUUAAAAAAACUAGAAGAGUUAAAUAUAUUAGUUAAGGCACGCAAUUUCCUGGUAUUCCAAGGUGAUGUAGAGGAUAUCGCACAACGUGCACCAAAAGAGUUAACAAAAUUAUUUGAACAAAUAUCAGGUAGUGAUACCUUGAUUAAAGAAUACGAAAAUUUAUCAAAUGAACAGUGUGUUACUCAUAUAUUGUUGCAUAAUGGCUUUCAACGCCGAAGGUUACUAGAAGCUGAAAGGCGUGAGCUACAGAAGCAAGUUGAGGAGGUUGAGGAAUAUGAAAACUUAGAGAGUAUAAAAAAGAAGAAAACUAUAGAGUUUAUAUUAUUUAAGUUAUUUUGUAAUGAAUAUAUUGGAGGCGAAAUAUUCAGUGAAAAACAGAAUAUAGAUAAAUUAAUAGAGGAUCUAAAUAUAGAUUUAGAUAAAUCAAAGUCAGAUAUAAAGGAAUUAGAAAGUAAAGUGGCAAGUUAUAUUUUGGAUAAUAAAAAUAACCAAAAAGUACUUGAUAAGUUUGAAAAGGAAGUAGUUAGCAAUAAGUCAGUCAUUUUAGAAAAUGAAAAUGCGAUUGCAUAUUUUAAAAAUGAUUUGACUGCACUAAACAAACAAUCUGAACUUAUUUUAGCAACUAAAAAGAAAAAUGAUAAAUUAGUAGCUGAUUACGCUGAAAGUAUAGGGAAAUUAACUUCUGAGAUCAAUAAAUUUGACGAAGUUUCAAGUGAUUCUAUAUAUAAUUAUAUACCUAAGGAAGAUUAUGAAGAAUAUUCUAACUGUAAAAAAUUAGCUGAUUUGGCCUCUGUUUCACUGAAAGAAGAACUAUUACAUCUUGAAACAGAAUAUAAGAAUUUGGUGGGGAUCAUUGAUAUUUCAGAGAAAGAAAUAGAUGAAAUUGAAAAGCAGAUUAAAGUAAAUAGUGGAACACUCGAAACUUUGAAUACAAAGAUAUCAGAGUUAGAAUCACGCCUUCAAGCAAUUACAAAAGCUCUAAAUGAAAAUCAAUCUAACAAGGAGCUUCUAGAAUUGGAUAGCUGUAACUUAUUAGACAGGAUAGCUAAAUUAAACAAUAGGAAGGAUAGGUGUGAAGAGCUAUUAAAACACUUUGACUCAAAGAAGAUUGAGCUAGAAAAAGAUUCAAAUUUACGGAAACUUGUGGAUAACCUCAAAAAUAUCAUAGGUUAUAGUAUAUCAGAUAAAACCUCAGCAGGUAAUUUUAAUAGUAUUAUAUUUGGGAGGCUUGGUGAUAUGUGUCAUCCUAGUAAUAAAAAGUAUGCUACAGCGUUGAAUGUAGCACUUGGCAAGUAUUUCGAUUAUGUUGUUGUCGAUAGCUGGGAAACUGCUGAAAAGUGCAUUUUCUGGCUGAAACAACAUAGGAAAGCACCAGUAAAUUUUUUGCCUUUGAAUUCAAUUAAAAGAUCUAACUUUAACAACUUUUUAAGAUGCUUGUGCUCUGGGAGUCAACAUCGUUCAAUCGCAUUGGAUAAUGUACAUAUAUCAGAUGAAAGAAUUGAACCAGCUUUGUCUUUCGUAUUGCAAGAUACUAUUUUUACUGAGGACAUAACUGAUGCAAGAAUAAUAUUUUAUAAAGAAGCACCUAAAAUUGGAGUUUCUUUGAGGGUUGUAACGCUAAAUGGUGAAAAUAUUAUGAAAAAUGGAAAUAUAAGUUUGGAUACAAAAUCAAGAAGUCGAAAAUUCACUGUAGAUUUAAUGGAAUAUAAAAAAGUUCAUUCUGAUCUAGAUAGUAUACAAAUGGAAAUGAAUCACUUAGAAUCAGUAGAAAUGUCUGGUCAACAAAAAUUAAUCAAGCUUAAAGAUAAUGAGAAGAGAGUGAGACUUGAUAUGAUGGCAAUUCAGACGAAGUAUAAUAUAUGGCACCAAAAUUAUGUAGAUAAAGUGAAGUUAACUGAAAGUUUGGAAGAACAACUUAAGGAAAAAGUGAACAACUUAGAUGAACUAAAGGAAUCUUGUAAUAAACUAGCUGAAAAUACUAAUAAACUUAGACAAUUAAUAGUUCAGUCAGAUAAAAAAUACUUUGAAGAUAUUUCUAAAAAGUUAAAUAUUAAGGAUAUUUGUUCACUUGAAGAAACUCUACGCAGUACCAGAGAAGAAAGAUUAAGGAAGUCUGCAAAAUUACGGAAAAAAUUGACAGUAUUAACUGGGGAAUAUAAUAAUUUUUUGCAAAGAGAUAAGAAACUGUGUGAUACUAUUUUAGAUAGUGAAAAUAAGAUUAAAAAAUGCGAGGAAUCUAUACAAAGUGCAAGUGAAAAAAUUAAGGGUGCUCAAAAAAAUAUUGAUAAUCUUCUUAGAAAUAUUGAUGAAAUAAAUGGAUCAUUAAAGUUGUUGGAGAUGCAAAAUAAACAAAGUGAAGAAAUAUUACAGAGUAUAAAAAGUAAAAUUCGAGAUAUACAACAACAAAUACGUCAUCUAAAUAAGGAGAAAAGUUUAAAACAAGAACAAUUAGACACUUUGAAUGAGGAACUUAUAUCUAUAUUAAAGACUGUAGUCUUAGAAAAUGUAAGGAUUCCUUUAAAAUCUGGGACUUUUGAAGAUAUUAAGAAAUAUUGGUAUGAAAUUAAUGCUACACUUUUUGAUGAAGAAAAAAAGUCAGGUAAGGCAUGUACUGAAGGAAAUAAGACAAAGUUAUCAGAUAUAGAGCCCCCAAUUAUAUUAGUUGAUUAUGAUGAACUUACUGAAAUCAAGCAAUCUCUUGCAAAAUCUAAGGAAAAUAUUGAAAAUGAACUUAAUAUAUACAGGCUUGAAAUUGAAGAUAUCUCAAAUAAAAUGAGGCGUAUUACUCCAAAUCUAAAAUCUAGAGAGAGGCUAAGUGAAUUAGAUGCUCAAAUAACUGCCCUUAUUGAAGAUCAAAAAGAGAUUAAAAAGAAAUCUAUAAGGAUUGACAAAGAAUACAAAAGUAUUCGUAGGAAACGUUCAGACAUAUUUUUCAAAUGCUUUCAAGCUGUAAAAAGUUCAGUUGACAAGUUUUAUGAGCAUUUAACAAGAGAAAAUAAUAAUAUUGGAGGCAAAGCUUUUCUUGAUUUGGAUGAUGAGAACUUAGAAGAACCUUUUUCUUGUGGGAUAAUUUUUCAUGUAAUGCCUCCAUCAAAACGAUUCCGUGAUAUACAGCAUCUGAGUGGUGGUGAAAAGUCUAUGGCUGCUUUAGCUUUACUAUUCGCUCUACAAAGCUACUUCCCAUCACCAUUCUUUAUGCUUGAUGAGGUAGAUGCAGCAUUAGACCCACACAAUGUACAAUCUGUUGCAAAUUUUUUGAAAUCUGCACCUUUUCAAUCGAUAGUCAUAUCUUUAAAAGAUAGGCUAUUUUCAAAAGCAGAUUCUUUAAUUGGGGUUUAUAAAAAUAAAGAAUCUCAAACAAGUGCAAUAAUUACUUUAAAUCUCAAUAAUUAUUCUAAGAUAAUCGAACAUAAUAAAGUAGAGGGAAGUUCUUUAAAAUUUUCUAAUCAGUAUGAGGAUUCAAAAAAACCACUUACAAAAUUAAGAAAACCAUCUAUUAAGGAUAUGAACUCAUCAUUGAGAAGAAAUAACUUAAAUAAUAUCUUGCUUGAAAGUUUUAAAUCUGAAUCUAUUGAUAGCUAUAAAGAUAUUGCAUAUAAUAUAGGCGGUUCAUACAUGAACUCAAAUGGAGAAAAUGAUAAUCCAAAUAUUUGUAUUCUAACCUAG